UUGAAUCGGCGUCCUCUUUAAUAAACUAAAUUAUUACGAAAAGUGCACUUUUUUGAUACCAAAACUAACAACAAGCAUGUCUAACAAAGGAUCCUACUUGAUAAAUGCCCAGAACCGCGACAUGAUAGUAAAAGAAUUAGAAAUGAACUUGGUCCAAUUGCUCGUCGAUUCCGAAAUGAUACAAGUGGAGCUAAAGAAGCUCAUAGAGCUGAAGAAGAUUUUCGACCGCAAGUACAGCGUGCUGGCGGCUCUAAUGCCAUUCCCCGAGGACAAUGAUCUGAUGCCUCGCCUCGAGCAGGUGGUAUCGAUGGCCGAGAAUCUGAUUAGUAAGCUCUCAAUGGCCAAGGCCAAGGCCACUGACCAGCCCUGCCAAGAGGCCAAUAGUGUCACGGCGAUGAGAUGCUCCAAACAGGGGGGUGCAGGAAUGACCGCCGCAGAACUAGAUAAUGAGAUGGCCAAAAAGAGAAAGGAACGCCGAUCCAACCAGGAGAUUAAAUGGUUGACUGAGGUCCAGCAGAAAUACUCCGGUGAAGGCAUCGAGCAAUGGAAGCUGGAGGAUGCUCUAAGCAAGGUGGAGGAUGCUCUGAGCAAGGUGGACGAUGCUCUGAGCAAGGAGGAUGAUGCUCUAAGCAAAGAAGAGGCUUUCAAUUGAGAGCUUUUUCAACUCUUAUUAAGACAUUUCUCUUUAUAAAUAACCAUUCCUUACCACUGAAGGUAUUAUAUGCGGGUAUAAAAUCUGUGAAAAUCUCAAAGUUCCCCACAGUUUUUAUGUUUAAUUAAAAUUUUUAAGUUUUGUUUAGUUUUACAUUAAUAUUUUUUGCUGCAAAGAAAGCAGUUACCACGAAAAGAUACAAUUAUUUACUACUUAAAAGUCGGAUAUCAUUUGCAAGUUUUGAAAAACAAUGUUUAUUUUACUCAUCUUACUUAACAACCUAAAACAAAU